UUGUGAUAUCAGAAUGAAACCUCUCCACAAGGUAGCCAGUACCAGUUGCAUUGGUGCUGUACCCAGAAAAAUGUGAUAAGAACGAACGUUGGUAUGGAAAAGCCACAAUGUGCUGAAUGAGCUGAGUGAUGACGACAAUGAUGAUGAUUCACGCCACUACCGAAUAGAGACUUGUAAAUAUUUUGCCACAAACCUCAACACAACAAAAACACGCCAGUCUCAGUUGAGUAUCUGCUCUCCGCAGUUAUGUCGAUGUUUGGCAAGGAAUUCGAAAACGAUUGGCCACCCAGUGGCAUCGAUAAAAACCUAACAAAAUUCGGUCAGAAAUUAAUUGAAAAAUGUCGUUCGAUAGAAAAGCCACAAGCGAAAAAUAUUGAAAUUGAAGAUUUUUUGGAGAAGUCUUCAAAUUUUCCAAUUGAUUUUCCCAUAGAUAGCUGCCGCAUCAAGUCCCAGCCUGCAGAGCGUUACCCAAUUAUCAAGCAACAGAUUGUUUCCGCCUAUCCGUUGAUACAUGAAAAAGUCAUCAUUUUGAUAGCAGAUUUUUUGGAGCACAAACUUAAAUGUGGCUCUGAUUUGGAGAAACGCCUCUACAAAGGCAUGACACUAACAGAUUUUAUUCAAAGACUUCUCACCAAAAGAUGUGUUAGUUUCUUUGGUGGAGAUGAUGAUUACCUGCUAUUGGAUGCUUAUACGGGAUUUGGCCCCAAUUAUAAAUAUGUUGGUAGCAAAGAUGAAAAAAUGCCAUUGGUCUUAAAGACUGUCCUCAGCUAUGAUGAAGUGAAGAUUUCAGCUCUACUUUCAGUUUCCUCAUUCAGCGAUUUCAUCAACGAUGGCAAUCGGGCCAAUUGCGGCAAGCCCAUAGGUGAUGCGACAAAAAUCGAACGUGAAGGUGUUGUACUGGGCAUGAUUGGUGCCCGAUUUGAGCGCAGAGAAGUAAUGGAAUAUCAGGAUAUAAUUAUAUCCCAAAAUCAGAAUGUAAGAGAAAAUGGCUAUGGCCUCAAGAGUUUCGAAAUGCAAAACCAAAAACAGAAGUCCUUGUUGGAACGUCUAAAUCCUCUGAGAAAAAUUGAUCAACUGGAGAGGUUGCAAGAUUAUCGCCGUAUAUGGAAUAAAUUCUAUGAAGAAUAUGACAACCUCUAUGAAGAUGUUGUGAAGGACGAAAAUCCACGCUUUGGCGACUCACUCAAUCCCUUGCUAAAAUUUGACAACCUGAUAAUGAAGAAACGAUAUGCCAUAGCCUUUGAUAUGCUGCUGUUGGAGUCGGAAAAUCGAGCCAAACUGGCUGGAAAAUUAGCCUACAUACAUGUGGUGGGUUUCGGUUUGGGUGUGUGGCGAGCAGCCGCUCAGCAGGAGAAAAUCUUUUUGGAAACUUUUAGUCAACGUUUAAACAAAUUGUUACCUCAGCUGAAUAGUAUUGGAGUGGUGCACUUUGCCUGGUUCAAUCUAAACGAAUGGAAGGACUUGAAGAAUGGUGGAUUCUUGAAAUCAGAUAAACAUCCCUGUGGUGGCAUUCGAACGUUUCUGUGCAAACGAAAUCCCAAUGACAAGUUGGAAUCUCCGGAUUAUGAGAAUAUGUUGUUGGUGGUAACCUAUGCCUGGGAUGGCAAUGCCUUGCCAGGAAAUGAAUUUUGGGUGAGGAAACUCCAGGCCUCCAAUGAUCCAUCUACCGCCUGUAGCACUUUGAUAAGUGAGCUCCACAAUCCCCAUAUUAAUACGGAAUAUGUGUGUGGCAAUAAUCUGCACAUUGCCAGUGCCGACCAUGGCAUAUUGCACAUCAAGGACUAUUUGGAUAGAAUCAGCAGCAUCAGUGGAUAACCCUGUGUUCUAGCUUUCAAUAUAAACUGAAAAAUUAUACAUUAAUCUCAUACUUUUUUUAAAUAAAAUUGUUUUUGU